AUGGCAACCAAGAAAUCCCCCUCCCGUAGCACCUCCGCCUCCAAAUCCGCUCUCUCCACCUCCCCUGGUCCCAAACCCACCACCGCCGCCCCCGGCUCCCGGGGCAACUCCGCCACCAAGCGCAAAGUCAGCGCCCUCCCUGCCAACAAAUCCGUCUCCCAAGCCAACCUCGAAGUCGAAGGCGUCGAGCGGGUGGGGAGUAAAGCCGGUCUAGGUGUCACCGAGGAAACCGCUAACGUGACAAAUGUGGAAGGGGAGGGGGAGAAGAACGGCAAACCAACGGUUGUGGUCCCGCAGGUGGAUGAGAAAGCGGAGUUUUCGAAACGGGUUGAGGCGCUGCCGUUGCCGUUUGAAGUUUUGAGGACGGGGUUGAGUAUGUUGGGGAGGGCGCCGAGGGAGUUGAGGAUGGUGUUUGGGAAGUUGAGUCUUCCGAACGCAGGAUUCAAUCAGCUGGACAUGCUGAGAAACUAUCCGUUUCUUCAUACAUUAGAGCUCCCCGGGAAUGGAAUCACAGACGUCUCAGUCCUCGGCACCCUCCGCUACCUCACCCACCUCGACCUCUCCAACAACAAACUCCCCUCCGCCCUCGCAUUCCACCCACCCCCGCACAACCUCCAAUUCGCCGACCUCUCCAAAAACCAAAUCACAACCAUCCCAGACCUCUCCCCACACCGCUUUCUCCGCACACUAUGCCUCGACCGCAACAUGAUCUGCAACAUCGGGUCUGGAUUACAGCACUGCGCGCAUCUGACGCAUUUGAGUUUGGUUAAUAAUGGGAUUGUGGAAAUUGAGGGGUUGGAGGGGUUGCCGUUGCAGUACCUGGAUUUACGGUGGAAUCGGAUAUCGAGGCUGGAGGGCCUUGAGGGGUUGGCGGAGUUGGAGGAGUUGCGGGUUGGAUUCAAUGAUAUUACAGAGUUAAGGGUCUUGAAAGGGUUGUUGGCGUUGCGGAAAGUGGAUGUGGAAGGGAAUGCGAUUGGAGGGUUGGAAGAGAGUAUGGCGGCCUUGGAGGAGUUGGUGCAUUUGCGGGAAGUGCAUUUGGGGGAUAACCCGAUCUCGCGGGUCGGUUCCUCGCGGGAGACGAACAUGUCAACAGCAGCAGCAGCCCCAGCAUCGCUACCCUCCCACCCCCCGGACGCAGAUUACCGUCUCCGCAUCGUCUUCCGCCUCCCGCGCCUCACAGUACUAGACGGACUCCCCGUAACUGCCGAAGAGAAAACAGCGGCAAUCAACAUGUUCAGCCCGCCGCCGCCCAUGGUCGCCAGCGUGCAGCAUGCGGAGAUGCUGAAGAAUUACGUGCUUCCGCGGAUGGUUACGAUCGGGAAGGUUGAGUUGAUGAGAGCGAGGCGGUUGAGGCCUGUUGUGAUUUGUGGGAGUAAGGGAGUGGGGAAGAGAUCCCUCGCCCAACGCCUAACAACCACACACCCCGACAUCUACACCCUGAUCCCCUCCCACACGACGCGGCCGCCACGGCCGCAUGAGACAGACGGCGUCGAGUACCACUUCACCUCCAAAGCCGACAUGCAGGCUGUCAUUGAACAAGGCCGAUUCGUGCAGGUCGCGGUCCUGUUUGGGGAGAUGUACGGCGUGUGCGAGGAUGUUCUGGAUCGGGCGACGGAGAGCGGGCGGAUUGGGGUGCUUUGUAUGGAGUUGGAUGGCGUACUAUCACUCAAACGCUCCCCCAUCAAAUGCCACUACAUCAACGUAUCCGCGCCCGACAUCGCCACAUUACAAAGCCGCCUCCACGCAUUGCACGGUUCUCCCGCCGAUAUACCCGCCAGCACGCCAUCUCACUCUUCCCCAACACCCGGCUCGUUCUCUCAAACGCGGUUAUCAGACGCCGAUGGGUCCCAUCAACAGCUCAUCCCGAUCGCACAAUCGGACAGCCAUGCGAUGCAUAUUGUAGGACCGACGCAGAACCCGCCGAGUCGGGGAAGUACCUCCGGCCGGAGUGAUGUGGCUGGUGGGGAUGACAACACCAGCACCACCAACAAUAAUGAAGAGACCGACGAGACCGAUGCUAUCACCAUGGCAAGUUCCGGCAGUUCCCGGCACGUUUCCGGACCAAGGACAGCGAGCCCGUCGGUUGCUUCGUCCAUCAGUCGGCGGGAAUCUGCGCAAUCCCCACCGAUACGGCGAGAUCCCUCCACGCCGAGCGAAGUGGCCGAUGAGCAGAGUGAUAGCGGCGUCCAGGAUGGUGGGGAUGAAGGGCAGAUCGGGCAGGCAGGAGCGGCACCUCACCUGACGCCGCGCUCGUUGACGCAUCGGUGGUUGGUGAAAGCGGCGCUCACGAAAGCGCACGUGGAUAAAUACGCGGGAUUGGAGGGGAAAGGACAGGAGAAGUUUUUUGAUUUGAGAAUUGUGAAUGAGGACAUGGAUGCGGCUUAUGCCGAAUUGGAGAGCUUUUGUCUCCGGGAGUGGGAGAAGGUUAGGGAUUUGGAGGAGUGA